ACAACACAACACAAAACCUCAGCAACAGAAGCAGAGAGAGAGAGAGAUAAAGUCACUGUUCACUUUCCCCAUUUUCUUCUUCUUGGUUAUUUGGAUUCAGAGUUUUGUUCCAUGAAUUCCAACAAGCGAGAGGAAGAAGACGACCUAUUCCUCCCACACCCUUCGGAUCUGUCUCCUCCGCCGCCGCCUCUGACGGACCCUUCCUCCUCGUCCUUCUCCCUCCUCUUCCCCUCCUCGCCCUCAUCCUCCCACUCCUCCCCCUCUCCUCCCUCCAAACCCCUCUUCAUCUCCCCCGACCCUCACAUCUCCUCUCAGUUCUACACCUUCACCCCAUCCUCCCACGCCCUCAUGCUCCGCUCUCUCCUCCUCCGUCGCCUUCCCUCCCCCUCCGACAUCCGCGGCGCCACCCCGCGCAACGUCCUGGCCUCCUGGCGCACCGUCUGGAAGGACCGGAACGAGGACACUGCCUACCUCACUGCCUGGAAACGCAUCCAAGACAAACUCACCACCCACCACGACCCCUCCACCAAUUCCCACUUCCUCUGCUUCAAAACCAACCCUCACCAGUUCGUCCCCCACGUGGAGCAAUGGCAGCAAAUCGUCAUGUCCCACCACGCCGACACCGACCUCAACCACCUCAACCUCAAGGACACCCUCGAACGCAUCAAGCAGCACUGGACCGUCGGGGCCAAGUUCUACGGCAUCCCGGAGAGCUUCAUCCGCGUCUGCGUCGCCGCCUGCCCCGCCUGCUGUGCGGCGGAGGGCUCUGCCGAACCCUCCGCCUCUCGCGGUAAGCGCCGCCGCUUUGAGUAUACUGAGAGCUUCGAUGUUCCGGCUAGGGAAGUGCCCUCAAGGCUCCAGCAGCUUGCGGCUAAGCAUAAGGUCGUUCUUUGCAUCAGACAGAAGUAUAUUAGGUAUAAGCCUUUCAUGGCUGAGGUAAAGGACUAUGCUUGCCAUCGGGCUGGUGAACCUGCUGCUAAGAAAUCUAAGGUUUUGAAGAGGGAGCCUUACGCUUCCAAGAGGUGUGGAUGUGGGUUUAGGAUUAGGGCUAUUGUGCCUAUUGCGAAUUACAAUGAGAAGGAUAAGAGUUUUGUGUAUCAGGAAGAAGGGGUGGCGGUUUUUAAGCUUUAUGCUGUGCAUUCUGGGCAUGAGCCUGGGCCUUUGGAUGGGAAUGCCAGGAUUAUGCAUAGGGUUGUUGGGCAUAAGGGUGGUGGGUAUUUGAUGGAUCAGGAGAAUGUGUAUGGGGUGAGUGAGGAGAUGGAUGGGGAGGGGGGGUUUGGGUUGUUGGGGAAGGAGGAUGGUGGGGAUUUGCAGUUUUCAGUGCUGCAACAGGUUCAGGAGUUGAGGAAUGAGGUGGGGAUGUUGGAGGGAAAGGUUGCAAAGAUGCCGAGGGAUUUGUUGGGGUCGAUUUCCAGGGAAUUAUACGAGGUUUUGAAUAAGGUUAGGAGCAUAGGGGAGGUGGGGUUGAAGCCAGCCGAGUUGAUCACAGAUAAGGUGGAUGAUGUGUUGGUUGGGGAUAAUGAUCUUGCUAACUGGAGUAACCAUCAUGAGAGGAUUUAUGGUGAUGGCAAGGACACAGAGCUGAUUGAGGAUGAUGAGGACAGUUUUGGCCGGACACUGGGGGAGGUUGUUUCAUGGGGGGAUCAGAUGAGGACCGAGUGCAGGAGUGAGAAGGAUCUCAUGAGUGACAGUUGUAAGCCUGAAAAGUGGUUGAAGUGCAGUGACUUUGAUGAGAAGAGCAUUCUUGAUUGUGAGGAGGAUAGUAAACUAUCCAAGCCCAUCAGAAUGAUCAGACAUGAUGAGGGGAUAGUUUCGGAUGUAGUAGGUCUUGGCUGUAUUCAGGUUGAUAGUUUCUACCAGGACAAUUCUAAAUGGUAUGAUUCUCCUUGUGCUUUGGAUACCGGUGCUGAUUGUGGAGAUAGUGGAUUCCGUCAUGGAGAGAUUUUAUAGUGUCAUGAACAUUCAAGUUAAUCUACUCUAACUUAGAGAUCAAAUUCUGUUGUCCUGGCUAAUGGCUAUUUACCCCUUCCAACAAAUAGAAGAAGAGGGAUUGUACAUUUAUGUAUACAGAAGAUUGGAGCCGCUCACUUCAUGCCUUUUAGGUGUAUUUAUUAUUUAUUAUUAUUGCUUGUGGAUCUGUAAAGUGUAACCAGUAUGCUUCUUGCACAUAACUUCGUUAUGAGUAUGACUAUAUCAGUUAACCUUGUUCAUGGCCUUCGGCUUUUCCCUGUUUAAUCUUGGUCCUUAUAAUGCACAUCAGUGUUUUGAGUGAUCUGCUUUAGAACUUAGAAAGAUAUUUGUAUGUACUUGAGGAACUACUGGUUAUUUAUUUUCAUAUUUAACUAUUGUGUGUGCCUCAAAUUUUCUCU